AUGAUGGCAACAUAUUCUCCUCAUCGUGAGGAGCGUGAAGCUGCCCACCUACACUCGCCUAAGAGCAUCUCACAUUUUGAUCCCCAUUCAGCCAUCCGCGAGAUACGCCGAUCGUUGUCACGUUCGCCUUCAAAGAGUUCCGAGUUUCGCCAAUAUCCCUUUCGAUCACCCAGCUCUAACAACCUCCCUUUCUCACCUUCACCGCUCUCGCCUUCAAGAAAGUCCACCUCGGAGAGCAUCCUGCCGAUUUCGAGUAUGGUAUCUCCACAUUCAAAUCGGAAUUCCCAAGGGCCACGGUUUCAGCGCCCUAUCCUCCGGCGGACUGCGCAGCCCCACGGAAUUAUUCGAAUUCGAACUUCGCCGAAAAGUCCAUCAAAGCGAGUUCUGACUGACUCAAGUGACAGCGGGAAUUCAUCUCCCAUGCCGUUGCGAAAGCGGAGUUCAGGCGAGGCUGAGCGUGAUUCUGUCUUGAUAGCCUUGCAUACCGGCGAUAGCAAGGAGAAUGACAGAUCGCCAGAAGACGCACUCGGAAGGAAGGCGGCACAGACUCGUCAAGAGAAGAGACGAAGUGGUGGAGCGUUGAUUACAUCUGUUGCUCCUCUUAGCCCUAUGAAGCGGCCGGAUAGUCGAAUGGAUGAUGUCCCGGGUUUGGGAAGCCCCUCCGCAAAGAGACGAAGUCUUCAUGGGCCCGGGCUCGACUUUAGCAUUUUUGAGUCCGACGCUUUGGACGGAGGCAUGUUCAACGACAAACGGUCUCAAGACGACAGUGACUGGUUUGUCAACAACACCCCUCUAUCAUCGUCUCGAUUUUCUACGAUUCCGAAACGAUCGUCGUCUCUGCGGAAGUCGACGCUUCAACAACGGCAGCUAGAGCGUCCCAGCAACUUGAAGUUCAACCAGAUCAUGGAUUGGGAUAAGUCUUGGUUGGAGGCAACACCAAGUACAAGCUCGAAGAAGGGUCUUCGGCUGUCCUUGGACAACCAUCUUCAGCCUUUGCCUCGGGACAGUCCCUUUUCGAGCCAGGGAAGUCUACUGAAUGCCUCAAUCCAUCCCAUCACUUCGAGUCAAAACACUUUCUCACAACAGCCGCCUCGACAUCCUUUGUCACGCACGAUGACCCAGUCAUCGUCGCAACUCAGUGAGCAAGAUGAAUCACCUACGCAUGAGCCAGUCCAUCGACCAAAUAGACCUCGAUCGCAUGACUUCUCCAAAUCCCUACCUAUUGGCUCUGCAAGGCCAGCUCCUUCCCCUGAGCAGAACGAAUUGUCGUCGCAGGGUUCAUUUGCCACUCCGGGAAAUUACAAGGCUGCCAAACCUUUGCCUGCUGCCUUCAUGUCGACGGGCUUGAUUUCGAAAAAGAAUCGCAAUGUCGAUGACCCCAAUGCUGGCUUACCAAAAGCCCAUAUGCCAGAUACCCCCUGCAAGAAACAACCGGCAGUUUUCCCAACAGAUGACAAAUUUGGAGUGUCCAACGUUGUCGCCAACCGAGCGCCUCGACAGUCUUUUGGGGCAGCUACAACUCCCCUGGAGGCGCAUGGUUCAUCGAAGAUCUCAGCCUUCCCUUUUGCGAAAAGCGUCGGGAUAUUUGGUGCCCGUUCUGGCAAACACAAUUUACUCAGAGAGGGCAGCUUUGCGUUCCUAGGUGGCGAGGACAAGGCAGGUCCGCGUUCUCCCCUGAGCCGCGCCAACAGUCAAUCGACUGAGUCCGACUACCCGCCAACACCGACCAAGUAUAUCACAGAAUUGACGAGCCGUGGUUCUACCUUUCAGUCUCCCGCGUUGGAACGUGCUAAGAUGACAUCUGCCUCUCCAGUUAGUCCAAGGUUGGACAGAGUCGAUCGAGCUUCUCCGCACACACCCCUCGAAAACUACUUCCCUCCCGAUCCAAGCGGCCUCUCCAUUUCUGGCCGCGGUGAACGUCCGACGACGCGACACGAACACAAAUCGACCAGCUUUAUUCCUGCCACUCCGACUGCUCCGCGCGAAUACUUCUCGAACUUUUCCAAUCGCCCGAGCUUGAAUCUUGCUUCGGCGGAGGCGUCGAACGUUGACAGCAGCUUGACGUCCAGAUUCGAGAAAGUCGACCUCAUUGGCUCCGGGGAAUUUUCCCAAGUCUAUCGUGUAUCGCACCCUCCCGAGGUUUCGCCGUACCACAAGAUAUAUUCCGUUUCAACGAGCCGUCCGUCAUCCAGAGGGUCUCUUCCCGAAAAGGUGUGGGCGGUGAAGAGAUCUCGGUAUCCGUACGCCGGGGCCAGGGACCGCCAGAGGAAGAUCCACGAGGUGGAUGUGCUCAAAGCCUUGGGUCAUUCCGAUCAUAUUGUGACAUUCGUGGAUAGUUGGGAAGAACAAGGGCAUCUAUACAUCCAGACAGAAUUCUGCGAAGAAGGUACGCUUGAUGUGUUCCUUGCCCAGGUAGGAUUGAAAGCUCGGCUCGACGAUUUCCGCAUCUGGAAGAUUCUCCUUGAACUGUCAAUGGGUCUGAAACAUAUUCACGACUGUGGCUUUAUUCAUCUUGACCUGAAGCCGGCCAAUGUUCUCAUCACAUUUGAAGGGGUGCUCAAGAUUGCGGAUUUCGGCAUGGCAACCCGCUGGCCAGCAAAGGCCGGGAUCGAGGGUGAAGGGGAUCGAGAAUACAUUGGACCAGAAGUGUUGAUGGGCCGCUACGACAAGCCGGCAGAUAUUUUCGCCUUGGGCCUCAUUAUGCUGGAGACCGCUGGCAAUGUCGAACUGCCCGACAAUGGUAUCUCCUGGCAGAAAUUGCGAAACGGGGACAUGAGUGAUGUCCCAAGUCUAACGUGGAGCUCGGGAACCAGCGGCAUUUUACGGGAUUCUUCUGGAAAUCCUAUCUCACCGGGGGCACGCUUCGACACCGCACAUGACUACUAUCAAAAUGAUGUUGAGAUCGUCGAGAGCGAGCAGGAUGACGCGAUGGAAUCUCAACAUGAGCACAAAACCCUACAACAUCCACGAAGUGGCGAACUUGUUGAUCCCCCUCAGUUCAUGGUCGACCCGUCACAUGAACAAGCGCUCGACCGAAUAGUGCGGUGGAUGAUAUCUCCGGACCCUAACGACCGACCACUGGCGACCGAAGUGCUGAACACCGAGGGGGUCCGGUGGGCAGAGGCAAGACGACGGGCAGGGGCCACUGUGUUUGAAGGAAACUGGGGCCCUGCAGACGAAGUUCUUGCCGAGGACGCGGAAAUGAUUGAUGUUUGA